AUCUCGGACUAAUUCAGCUGCUUUUGAAGUGAAAAUUUCUACCAGUUCGUACUUCGGGAGUACAGCGCGAGGACCUGCAAACAGACGCACACAAGGCGCAGCGCUCAUGGUGCAAGACGCAGCCUCGGAUCUGCGAUAACCUCGCACGGUCUCCUUCCAGCUGCCGCGCCUUAUUGCGCCUCUCCUACCAGGAUUACCUAUUAUUAAGGCAUUUUACACCACUCUUUUCUCCUACAGAGAGGCUUGGUGCUUUCUUUGAUUUUCUUAAUGAAUCUGACGAAAGCAUCGCCAUUUAAUUUUCUGACAAUUGGGACAUGAUCACAACCCCUUCGGCGUCUGCCCUGAAAAAUAGUGAUAUUUGCGUAGCGUGGGAACGCAGCAGUUCUCGGAAUAGCAGCUCAGCGAGCAUCAACAAGCCUUUUCUUCACUCCGCACCUCCGUCCGAUCCACUACGGCAAGCAAACCGACUUCCCAUCAAGGUUUUGAAAAUGCUUACUGCACGGUCAGGGCACAUUUUGCAUCCGGAGUAUCUGCAGCCUCUGCCUUCUACCCCGGUUAGUCCUAUAGAGCUAGAUGCCAAGAAAAGUCCUUUGGCUCUGCUGGCGCAGACCUGCUCUCAGAUCGGCAAACCGGACCCACCACCCUCUUCCAAAUUAUCCUCCGUAACACAAAAUGGAUCUAGUGAGAAGGAAUCUAAAUCAGGUCCUCUGAAAUUGAGCGAUAUCGGUGUGGAUGACAAAUCUAGUUUUAAACCAUAUUCUAAACCCUCAGACAAGAAGGACUCGUCUUCGGGCGCAGGCGGAGAGAAGUCUGGUUUCCGUGUGCCGAGCGCCACCUGCCAGCCGUUUACACCGCGGACAGGCAGCCCGAACUCCAGCACUUCUGCCUCUCCUAUGCCAUCAGAGGGGAAAUGUGGGGAGAGGGAUGAAAAGAAAGAGUCUGACUGUAAUAAAAAUGGCACUACGGACGGGUCUGGCACCACUAGCCACAGCAGGAUAAGCGUGAGUUGUGGUGGAAUUAACGUGGAGGUCAACCAACACCAGGAGACGACGCCUGGCAAUAAAACCACCACCUCCUCUGAGUCUUCAUCUGUCACUUCUGUAUCCUCUGCAUCCGUUCUAGGGUCAGGACUUGUGGCGCCCGUUUCUCCUUAUAAACCAGGACAGACGGUGUUCCCUUUGCCUCCUGCUGGGAUGACCUACCCGGGUAGCUUGGCUGGAGCUUACGCUGGUUACCCUCAACAUUUCCUCCCCCACGGAGGGAGCUUGGUAAACGCACAGCUGGCUAGUUCCCUGGGCUGCAGUAAGGCUGGAUCUAGCCCCUUGGCUGGAGCAUCUCCACCGUCUAUCAUGUCAGCCAGCCUGUGCAGAGACCCUUACUGCCUCAGUUACCAUUGUGCCAGUCACUUAGCGGGCGCAGCCAGUGCUUCCUGCACGCACGACUCUGCAGCUGUAGCUGCCGCUAACGCUCUCAAGUCCAGUUAUCCACUAAUGUACCCGACACACCCCAUACACGGCGUUCAUUCCUCGGCGCCGUCUUUUAGCGGACACCCCCUGUACCCAUAUGGGUUCAUGCUCCCCAACGACCCUCUCCCCCAUGUUUGUAAUUGGGUAUCGGCAAAUGGACCGUGCGACAAGCGUUUCUCUACCUCAGAAGAGCUCUUGAAUCACCUGAGGACACACACUGCUUUUACUGGGGCCGAGAAGUUGAUUUCCGGCUAUCCCGGGUCUUCAUCACUGGCCAGUGCUGCAGCAGCGGCCAUGGCCUGCCAUAUGCACAUGCCACCAUCAGGAGCCCCAGGGAGUCCCGGGACUUUGGCCCUAAGGAGCCCGCAUCAUGCGUUAGGACUGAGCAGUCGCUACCAUCCGUACUCCAAAAGUCCCCUGCCAACGCCUGGUGCCCCUGUUCCCGUCCCCGCAGCCACUGGCCCCUACUACUCUCCAUAUGCACUGUAUGGCCAGAGACUCACCACAGCAUCAGCACUGGGAUACCAGUGAGGAGGAAAAAAUACUUUGAAAAGUUUAUAAGACUAAGAAUGCAAAUAUAAAGACUUUUAUAAUAACUGCGUUAAACUUAUGGACUGGAUCCGUGGACUUCAACUGUAUUUAUUUAUAUGUCGGCUUAAAAGCAGGCGGUAACAGCUGCAAUGGAAAAUAUUUGAGCAACUCAAAAAGUGCAUUAUGUUGAAAAACUGAACUCUAUAGGUAAAGUGAAACACACAUAUGUUAGAGUACCAAUUAACGUAGGGGUCUUCAUUUUGAUGUUCAUUUGAAAUUGCUAUGAUUGUAUUUGUUCUUAUUUAAUGUCUCAUCGAAAAGAAAAUAAUUUACAUGCAUGUUUGUUUCUUAAACUUCAACAAUUGUCCACAUUUUAAAUUGCCGUUAUUUUUCAGGUGUACCUGAUGGAAAGAGAAUUGGUAUUUUUUUGUAUGUAUUCUGAAAAAAAGAAGCAAUUCUGUUCCAUAUCUCCGCGUGCCUCUUUUCAUUAUGUGUUAAGAUUACAUUCACAUUAAUUUUCCAUUGACAUUUUAUUUAGUUAUUUAUUUUUUUUAAUUGGGGCGUUGAAUUAUUGGGGUUAAGAAAAUCCCAUUUGAUUAUUUCCGCAUACACAGGCCUGGAGAUUUCCAGGCUUCUCAUAGAUAUGGUGAAUUCUUGCAUGAGGACAUUUUUAAUUACUUAUUUCAUUUUAUUUACAAAAGCUAAUAGAAAAAACGCAAAAAAAAAAAAACUUUAAAUACAAUUCAGCUUGACUAAAAGUUGGAGGUUGUGUGUGUUUGUGUAUGAUCACACACAUACAGACACACACACAUACAAACAAACACACACUUUUAAACGGACUUUUAAUCCGGACUUUUUUUUUUCUUUUUUCCUUUCUUUUUCGUAGGUGAAUUUUGUCAACACAUUAAAAAGGCUCGAAAGUUUUUUCUGUUGCGUAAAAAGGUAAAUACGCCUCAAAAUGGUUCAGCGAAGACUUGAUUUUUCUAGUGUAUGAAAAUACAAGAAAUUUGUAGAUUCCUCAAUUAAGCUGAGCAUAAAAAAUAAAUAAA